AGCAACUCAGCACCAGAACCUGAGACAACUCAGCACCAGAACCAUGAGACAACUCAGCACCAGCACCAUGAGACAACUCAGCACCAUGAAGCAACUCAGCACCAGGAGAUAACUCAGCAUCAUGAGACAACUCAGCACCAUGAGACAAAUCAGCACCAUGAGACAACCCAGCACCACGAGACAACUCAGCACCAUGAAGCAACUCAGCACCAUGAGACAACUCAGCACCAUGAUACAACUCAGCACCAUGAGACAACCCAGCACCAUGAGAUAACUCAGCACCAGCACCAUGAGACAACUCAACACAAUGAGAUAACUCAGAACCAUGAGGCCAUCAAAGUCCUCAUCAAUAAUGGAAGCAACAAGGUGCUCCUCAACAGUAAAACCAUCAGCACACACACACGUAAUGAUUCUAUCAAGCUGGACCGACACAAUGAAACCACCAAUGCCUUAAAUGAAGCCGCCAAGAUCUUCCCCCAUAAUGAAACCAGCAAGAUACUCCAUAACAAUGGAACGAGCGAGGUCAUCUCCCACAGUAAAACCAGCACGAGCUUAACCCACAAUGGAACAAGUAAGCCGUUAUCCCUCAAUGACAGCAACAAGAUAGUUCCACAUAAUGAAACCAGCAGGAUCGUCUCCCACAGUACAACUAUCGAGAUCUUAACCCAAAAUGAAACACGUAAGCGCUUAUCCCUCAAUGAAAGCAGCAAGAUCUUCCCACACAAUGAAACCAGAAAGAUCCCAACCAAUAAGGAAACCAUUAAAACCAUCCACCAUAAUGGAACCAAGCACACCUUAUCCAACAGUGGAACUAGCAAGGUUCUCCCUCACAAUGAAACCCACAAGAUCCUCUCCCAAAAUGGAACCAGCAACAUGCUCAACAAUAAUAAAACCAGCAAGGUCCUUUCCGAGAAUGGAUCCAUGGUCCUCUCUAUAAAUAGAUCCACGGUUCUAGUGAAUAAAACAGAGCUUCAAGAUGACGCACGGGUGCCUCCAGACAACAGAACAGUGCACCGGAAGAGGAGAUACAACUACGAAGACACAUACGAAUGGGAAAAAGACGACAAACUAUUAGAAUAUGAUGUGGAUGAGGAUUCUAUACAACAGAAGAUAGGCCGCCACUGGAAGAAAGUCGCCGCAGUCCUCGUCUUCGUGUUUGCCGGGUUAAUCCUGGCUUGCAUUAUUGGGCGACUGGCUUGCACGAUCUGCUGGCCUCAAAUCAAGGCCGCCUGUUUCCUCACCUACUGUCCAUUACUGGACUUCAUCAAAACACAGUACGACAUCAUCUGCAGGGAUGACUCCGAUAAGCGUUGUCUGGCUACACUCAGCACUACGGCAGCUAUGACUGAUCCUGAACCCGGUCGUCCCCACAAUCAUGCACCUGUUGACACUGAGAUCUCAUACACCAGUGUCGCAACCUCAUGCGUGACCAAGCUGCGAACUCAUUGGAUAAGCCAUCACAGAUCUUUGCUCAAGUCACAGCCGAGCUCGGACCAGAUGUGCAGGCACGCCUACCACUCGAGGAGAACACUAUUGUACGCACCGUUCUUCAAAAGGAUGCAGUUGGCAACCCCCCGAAGAAGCGCAAUAACAAGGGUCGGAUUCGCCUCCAGAGGAGACUCAAAUCCUUGUGCCAGGACCGUGUCAAUGGUUCCAAGUCCAUUCCUGAGUUUUUGCAUGGAGUCGGACACAACAUUCGCAUUACCAAGUGCUUAUGACCUAAAUUAUUCAAAGAAAUUCAUAUAUGAGAAUAAAAUUGUCAACAAAGUAUGAAAUAAAACUGUUUCUUUCUU